AUGCCUCUUUCACAUCUUACCUUGACCGUUUCCCACCUCCCGACCUCCACAUCAUUCUUUCUCUCCUGCCUACAACCGCUCGGCUAUCAAUUCAUUGGCCGCCAUGACGACUAUAUUGGCUUUGGCCAAAAGCAGGGCGAGCCGGCCGAUUUUUGGAUCACUGAACAGAAGCCGGGAGUUCCUGCCGGUGCAGCACAUGUUGCCUUUCCAGCAACCUCCAAGGAUGCAGUUGGCGACUUCUUCAUCAGUGCGCUCAAGGCCGGUGGGAAGAUCCAUGGAGAGCCCAAGAUGCGCGAUUCAGAGUCCGGCUACUACAGCGCCGCUGUGAUCGAUUUCGAUGGCAAUAGUAUCGAGGCGGUCUAUCGACCAAGCAGUUCCUCGGCCAGGUCCGAGGUCAAUCGGCCAGCUUUAGCUCUAUUGGAGAACGGAUCUGUCGUCUCAAAGGCGAGCAGCAGAGCCAGCUCGGUCAAAACUGAGAGCAUCGCGCCGCCUCGAUCGGAGGCUCGGUCAGAAGCGCGAUCGUACAUCUCAAAAACAAAUACUACGAUCGAGAGAGCGGCGCCCGCUUUUGAACGAGGUGCCCCGUCAAUGGUGAGCCGGGAUCCUUAUCAGGCGCCGCGCAAUAUCCAACCGGCUCCGUCGCCCACCUACAUUGUCCACCACACGACACAUACGACCCAAAAGACAGACAAUGACAAGACCGCGAAGACAAUUGUGGGCACUCUCAUCGGAGCCGCAGCGGGCGCCGCACUGGCUUAUGCUAUCGCCAAAGGAGACUCAACCGAGGCCACUGAAUCCUCCAACUCUGCGCCCCCUCAAUUUUCUCCUCGGGAUCUCGCCCAGCUCAUUUCCCCUUCUCAGGCCUCUUCUCCGACACAAGAGUAUCCUGGCUUCAAAGCCAUUGAGGCAGGCCCUGCCCGGAGCACCUACACCGCUCGUUCUGAUGGUCGGCCGAUGCUCACUCGCAGCGUAACGUCGAAGAACCCCCGUGCAAGUACGAUCUAUGAAGGCACGGAGUUUGUGCCCCGUGGUAACGGCGGCAGUGUGUAUAUGGAUGAGAACGGCCGCCGGGCCUCUGAAGGCAGCGUCUACAGUACCCGGGAACUCCCUCUUCGGGCAAUCGAGUACGGGCAGCCAGACUCACAGUCGCGAGGCUAUGAAAGCACUCUGAUCAGCAGUUUUCCCGAUAAGUCGCGGGCGAUGGAUCGGGAAAGCGUCUACUCGGCCUCGACCAUCAAGCCUUCCAAGGGCAACUACCAAGAAUCCCACCAUGGCUCUCACCGGUCAUCACACUCCCACCAGUCAACGCCCCGCACACUCCCACCAGGGAGCACAGCCCCGUCCACUCGCUCGGUCCGCCAAGUUCCUAUCCCUGAGGGUUCCGCCAUCGGGUCUCUUGCGUCCUAUCGCAGCGGGGUCAAAUCAGGUGUCUCAGCCCGUGAAGUGCCCCUGCCAGAGAGUGUUAUCGACCUCGACGUUCGGAGCAACGUUACCCCGGACGAUUCGAUCAGUCAGGUUGAUGAUUCCCGCCGCUCAUCCUACUCGCACCGGUCCCAUGCCUCGAAGGCUGCCGGGUCUCGAGUUUCGAAACACUCUAGCAAGUUCGACGAGCCUGUCAAGCCCAGUGACAGUGUCAGCCAAGUCUCUAGCAAUGUCUCCCAGCGGACCAUGAAGGCCGGAGGGGGUGGUGGAAGCAUUGCCCCGUCCAAAGCAGCUUCCAAAAUCAGCAGUCGUCGGGGCAGUAGCCAGGUCGCAUAG